AUGUUCUUCAAUCUUGUCAUACUAGUGGCUCUCUUCUUAGUUGAUUUUGCACCAGCUUCUUGUGAAGUUGGUGCAUUCAUUUACAAUGGAUUCCAAUCAGGGAAUCUUAGCUUGGAUGGCAUAGCUAAGCUCACAUCCAAUGACCUUUUGCUAUUAACAGAUUCUAAAACAAAAGAUCAGGGCCAUGCUUUCUAUCCAAAUCCAAUUCAUUUCAAGAAUUCACCAAAUGGUACUGCAUUUUCUUUCUCCACAACCUUUGUAUUUAGUAUAAGGUCUGAUUAUCGAUCUAUGAGUGGUCAUGGACUAGUUUUCAUUAUCGCGCCACAGAGAGGACUUCAGGGGGCUAUGCCAAACCACUAUCUUGGCCUUUUUAACUCAACCAAUAAUGGGAAUAGAUCUAACCAUGUUGUUGGAGUUGAGCUCGAUACAACCUUUACCGAGGAAUUUGGUGAUAUUAAUGAGAAUCAUGUUGGAAUUGAUAUAAAUGGGUUGAAGUCUGUAGCAGUUCAUACAGCAGGUUAUUUUGAUGAUACUGGUUUGUUUCAUAACUUGACUCUUGCUAGUGGCCAGACAAUGCAAGUCUGGGUGGAUUAUGAUGGAAGCACUAAGCAAAUUAAGGUAACAAUAGCUCCGUUACAUGUGGGAAAAACAGUUAGGUCACUUCUGGCUAUGAAAUAUGAUCUUUCACCAAUUCUUGAUCAGAACAUGUAUGUUGGUUUUUCAUCAUCAACUGAUCCAGUCCCAACACAUCAUUAUAUCUUAGGAUGGAGCUUCAAGAUAAAUGGGAAAGCUCAAGAACUUUCUCAACUUCCUCGUCUUGGGCGCAGAGAGGAAUCAAGAUUUUUAACGAUUACUUUGACAUUAAUCUCUUUGGUUUUACUUGUCGUAGCAAUCCUCAGCGGUAGUUUAUGUAAGAAGGAAGAAGAAGUCUGGCUCAGCUCAACUCGGUUAAAGAUCGGUCAAGCUCAGGCUCAGUUGAGAUGA